AUCCAAGCGCGCAGUCGUUCGUGGAGCAAAGAACGCAGAAUAGGUGAAGCCAUGAGCGGUGACGGUGGUAGCGGCAAGGUGGGAUCUGUAGUGGAAGUGGUGGAUUCGGAGGCGAUGGUCGAGGUAGACCUGGAGGAAGGCAGGGCGGUGGCCGACAGGGUCAUCGAGGAUGAGGCCACCCAUGCUGCCACCAAAGAGGAGGAGAUGGAGGUAUAACCGGACGGACGGGGGGGCGAAGGGACAGACUGCACUCGAUGGAUCUCUGCCCUGCUGAUGUGCGCUGCGUCUGUGUGUGUGCAGCCUUCGCACGAGAUAGGUCGUGGUCCGAGUUACUACCGCAAGGACGACGUGCCCCUCACGUGCGUCGUUGCCAGCUUCUGGCUCAGCUUCAUCUUCCCCAUCGCUGGUCAGACACACACACACACACACACGCGCACACACGCACACACGCACACAAAGGGCUUCGAAUGCAGCAACGCAUCAUCCGUGUGUGUGUCUGUGCGUGCAGGUUGCAUAGGAUUCUGCCACAACGUGACGGCGCCCGAGACGAGCGCCCGCAAGAUGUGGGCGCGACGGGCGGUGCUGAUCGGGUCCAUCCUGUCGUUUGUGUACCUGCUCGUCAUCGCCUCUGCCAUCGGCUCCUCGCAGCAUGAGAACCACGUUGACAACUUCGUCAAUGCGGAAUAGCUGGGGCGUGCAUGAGAUGAGGCUGGUGCAACGGAGUGGGCCACUUUCUCGUGAGGGGGUGGAUGCGAUGCCUGGCGAUUGGUCGUUUUUGAUGUCAGUCGGGCUCCCUGUGGACACGUGUGUGUGUGGUUUUAUCCAUCUGCGUGUGUGUAGUGGAUGUGUCCGUGUGUUCUGUGGCCAUCUUUUUGCCUGGCGCACUGAGCGAAGAUGAUGCGUCUCUCUCUCUCUC